AUGAUUUCUCCGGACGUGGCGGAUAAUUUCACAAAGCAAGAGUUGGAUUGGAUUCACAAGUUUACAGUUCAGACUGGUUUGGCGAUUUGUGGGAAUCGGAGCGGGUACAUCAACGAGUACAAUGUCCUCAGAUGGUGUCAUGCCUAUCCAGACGACUUUGAACUUGCUCUAAGAAAGUUCCGGCGACAUUUGAAUAUCAGAAAGAUCUUGUUUUUGGACAAUAUGAAAGAUGAUGACAAGAAUGUAAUGGAUUACGCCAUGGAUGAACUGGCCGAUCACUACGCUCCUCUACAUUAUAUUGGCACUGUGAGUAUUAUUGGGAUUUAUAAAGCUUGUUAUUAAAGGCCGGUCCGGGGGAUCAUCGACCCGUAUUUCUCGAACAAUCAGGAAAAUUCGACAUCCAAUCGAUGAUGUCUCAGAUCAGAAUCACCGCCUUCAUGAUGAAUAGAUUCAGGUUAAUGGAGAGAAUCCUCCAUAGAAUACGAGAGGCAGAAGACAGAACUGACAAACCGAGUAGUGCUAUCUUAUUAUUAGACCUCCAGGGUCUCAAAUUCCAUCCUAAUCUGGUUCAAUUCCUCACGGGGACCUUCAGAAUAAUGUGGGGAACUCUAAUGGAACAGUAUCCCUUUAUGUUCAGUAAAUUCAUCUUAAUCAAUGCUCCGACGUUCAUGAAUAUCAUAUGGAGUGCAUGCUCUGGCUUCAUUCCAGCAGAAUAUAAAGUGAGAAUAAAGGGGGCAUCAAUUUACGAUUACAUUUAUACAGAUAUUUUAGUACGAUUCAUAUGACAUUUACAGAACAAGAUUCAUGUUUUGAACACGUCUAAUGACUACAGUGCUCUUCAUGAGCAUAUCGCAGUUACCCAUCUUCCCAAAGAAUACCAAGGCCAUACGGAUGUCCAUAUUCCUUUACCAAUCAAAUGUUUAAUCGAACCAAUCCCCCAUCCGGAAGUAUUAUUGAGUCCAAUAAGUAUCCCCGCAGGUAGAUUCUACAUCUAAUAACUCCAAAUUCCAGGUGGUGUUAUAAUAGAGACUUUUUACUUGACACAAUCUCAAAAAUUGGAGUUUUUCCUCAAACAUUCCAAGGGAUUCACGAUGAAUAUCUUUUUCCAUCCCAAUAAAAAGGUCAUCGAAGAUCACAAAAGUGAAGUAGACGAGAUGUUGGAAGUCUUUGCGGGGUGUGAGCGCCCUCCCCUGCCUACAUUGGAUUCCUGGCCAUGGAAGAUCCCUUACACCGGCUUCUAUCAUGUUAUCUAUGGGAAUGAAAAGGCCUGGUUUAUGAGUGUUUCCCUCGAAUAUCAGAUCUUCGAAGUUCAUGCCAACGGAAAUAAAGUCAAAGUCAACCCCAUCAAAGUAUGA